GACCGACUUAUGGGGUUGCUCCUUCAGUCUACCAAUAUUUUUACUGCUGUAAAAAGAGCAAUUGCACUAAAAUCCAGGAGUCAGAACGGCAGUACAAGGAUUUCAAGAGCCAAGCCAACUUAAAACUGAGAAAUAACAAUUAAAAAAGCGCAAUACGAUUUUCAAGAUGUCUGCGGGAGUGGAAAUCAAGAGAAGAUCCAGAGUACCUGGUGUUAUAAUCACACAAUAUGUAGAACAAAUUCCACCUGGAAAAAGCACCCCAGAUUUCAUGAGAAAACCCAUGGCUGUAAACAUUCAGGAAGGUAAAUUGGCAACUUUCAAAGCAGUGGUGUCAGGAGAGCCAAAACCCACCAUCACAUGGGCACGUAAUAAAGGAGAUCUCUCUGAUCCAGAAAAAUACAAUACAAGAUAUGAUGAAAAGGCUGGGGAAUACAUAUUGCAGAUAUUAAAUGUAACAGCUGACCAAGCAGAUACAUACAAAUGUUUUGCUACAAACUCAUUUGGAAGAGCUGUUUGUACAGCUAGUCUUAAGGUUAUCGAAGCUGGAUUCAGGAAAAAUAGGCCAGAUCAAAAUGAACCUGAAGACUUCAGAAAAAUGCUGAAGAAAACUACAGUUGUAAAAAAGGUUAAAGCAAAACCCAAGAAAGAAGGAGAGGUUGACCCAAAGUUUUGGGAGGUGUUAUUGAGUGCUCAGAAGAAAGACUAUGAGCGCGUUUGUCAAGAGUUUGGAAUCACCGAUUACCGAUGGAUGCUGAAAAGACUUAACCAGAUGAAGAAGGAGAGAGAGGAAAAACAGGAGAAGUAUGUUGAAAAGGUUGAAAAUAUGAAACAAAUAGAGGUCAAACCAAAUGGAAAAGCUGAAUUUGAACUUGACAUGAAGCUCAAGAAUCCCAAAAGCAAAAUUUAUCUUUACAAGAAUGGUGAAACACUUGACUAUGGUGAUGGCACUGAUGAUUCCUUCAAACACAAUCUGAAGAAAGUUGGUGAUAAAUACACAUUUACCAUUAAUAAUGUUGGCCCAGAAGAUUCAGGCCUAUAUCAAGUGAAUGUUGAAGAGGCAAACAUGUUUUCAACUGAAUUGGAUAUUGCUGAUGUGGAAUUUGAUAGCAUUCUGAAGGAUGUCACGGUGGUCAAAGGAAAAGAUGCUACAUUUGAUUGUGUAUUAUCUGAUCCUGUGUCAAGAAUUACCUGGUAUGCUAAUGAUGCAUCCAUUGAGCCAGGGGAUAAAUACAACAUAACAGUCUCAGAAGACAUGCUUACUCACAGACUAGUAGUAAAGAACUGUAGACCAGUGGACAAUGGUACCUACACAGUUAUUGCUGGAAUCAAGUCAUCCAAAGCAGCUCUGACUGUGAAAGAUGAUCCAAAUGCCCUCCAGAAAGGCCAAAGAGGUACAGAUAAUGCUGAUAAGUUGGGUAAAGAGCAGGCCAGGAAGCUGCAGGGCACAACACUUAAAACAUCUAGAGGGGCUGGAAGUGGUGGAUCCAGCCUGGGAGAUGGGAUUGGAAGAGAUGGAAUCAUGGGAAGUGGAAGUGGGCAGGAGGGGAAGGGAAGAGGUCAAUUAGGGAAAGAUGGGUUGGGGGAAGAUGGACUACUGGGAGAUGGUUCAGGAAAAGAUGGGCUAUCAGAUGUUGGAUCAGGAAAAGAUGGAUCAGGAAAAGAUGGACUAUCAGAUGUUGGAUCAGGAAAAGAUGGAUCAGGAAAAGAUGGAAUAUCAGAUGUUGGAUCAGGAAAAGAUGGAUCAGGAAAAGGUGGAUCAGGAAAAGAUGGAAUAUCAGAUGCUGAAUCAGGAAAAGAUGGAUCAGGAAAAGAUGGUUUUGAAGUAACUGGACUACAAAAAAAUAGUAGAAGUGGGGAUGGAGCAGGUGGAGACAUGACAGAUGGAGAUGGAACUGGAGACACUAAGUGUAAAAAGCACCCCAGAGUUGGUCAGUUGGUCCCUGACACUAACAGAGAACCAGAAGUCCACUUUGUUAGUGGACUGUCUGAUACUGCUGCAAAUAUUGGAGAAACUGCAGAAUUAUCUUGCACACUCAGCAGUAAGGACUGUGUUGGAAUUUGGUACAAAGAUGGUCAAAAGUUGGAAUCUAUGAAUGGGAUUACAAUUUCCAAAGAGGGGGCCAUUCACAAACUAAUAAUGAAGAAUUGUCAGGGGGAUAAUGCAGGGGUAUAUAGAUUUGAAGCAGAGGGACGUAAAUCAGAGGCCACGUUAAUUAUUAAAGAGCCACCAAAAAUAGAUGCAGAUGCCAUGGGUAAGUUUUCAGAAGCUGUCAUCAUAAGAGCUGGUGAAAAUGCCAUUUUCAAGCUUCCAUUCUCAGGAAAGGAACCAAUCAGAGUGCAAUGGUUCAAAGAUGAAAUGGAGCUUUUGGAAGGCCCUGGUGUCAGGAUUGAGCGUUCCUCAACUCAGAGCCGGCUACUUCUCAAUAAAUGUCAGCGUAAAGACAGUGGAGAAGUCAAAAUCAAACUUAAGAACGAAUUUGCCACCACGGAGGCUACAUCUAAACUUGUUGUUCUUGACAAACCAACUCCACCACAAGGGCCUGUAGAUCUGGUAGAAAGUUCAUUGUCUGCUAUUGAAUUUAAAUGGAGGCCUCCAAAAGAUGAUGGGGGCUGUCCUGUGACCAACUAUAUCCUUGAGCGUCAGCAGGUGGGACGUAACACCUGGACUAAAAUUGGAGACAUCCCUGGACAACCUGCCUACAGAGAUACAGCUAUUGACCGUGGCAGGAAGUACUGCUACAGGAUAAGAGCCAAGAAUUCAGAAGGCAUUAGUGACAUCAUGGAAACUAAUGAUAUUGCAGCCGGCACAUUAGCUCUCCCUGGUCAGCCUGCUUCUCCAAAGGUGGUCAGUGCUUUCAAGGACUGCAUUAAUCUAGCAUGGGUCCUGCCAACAAACGCCGGUGGGGGAAGUAUUAUAGGCUAUAAUCUGGAAAAACGCAAAAAGGGCAGUAACCUUUGGAGUCAAGUGAACCCUCCAGAUGAGCCAAUUAGAGAGAAAAAGUAUGCAGUGACGGAUGUGAUGGAAGGAGCCGAGUAUGAAUUCAGAGUGAUUGCAAUUAACACAUGUGGUCCUGGAGAACCAAGUGGGCCCUCUGACUGUGUAUUUGCAAGAGACCCCCAGAAGCCUCCAGGGAAGGUUAAAGAUCUCAAAGUAACUGACUCUAGUUACCACACUUUGUGCCUGGCUUGGACUAAACCAAAUGUGAUGAAAGGAGUGGAAGAUGACGUGAAAGGAUACUUUGUGGAAAUCAGACCUACAGACCAAAUCGAGUGGAGCCGCUGCAAUACGAAUGCCAUUGUCCAGACCUCUUUCACUGUAACAGGUCUGAAGUCCUUGGCCAUGUACUGGGUAAGAGUGAUUGCAACCAAUGAAGGAGGAGAGGGACAUCCACAAGAGAUUGACAAAUACAUCAUUGCCAUGCCUCCACCUGUGAAACCAAAAUUCACUGAUCGCAAGAUGAAAAAUUUCAUGGUUGUGAAAGCUGGAAACACAGUCCGGGCCACUAUAUGCUUUGAGGCUUCCCCUUUACCAGAUAUCACUUGGCUGAAGGAUAAUAUGCCUCUGGCUAAACAUGUGACAAUUACUAAUUCUGAGAAAGUUUCCCAGCUGCUCAUUCCAACAUCCGAUCGAUCAGACAGUGGCAUCUACACUAUCAUUGUCAAAAAUAUAGUUGGCCAGGAAACCUUCAGUGUAGAAAUUAGAAUCACUGAUGAGCCCAAGCCUCCGGGUGCAGUGCAACUAGAGCAGAAUGUUGAGGGAACAUUAACUCUCAACUGGACUCCAUCUCCUGAUGAGAAACGAGAUGACCGACUCCACUACAUGGUGAUGCAACGAGACUCUGUAAAACGGACCUGGUGGACAGUAGCAGAUCACCUCUUCAACCACAGAUUUACCACCGUUAUUGUGCAGGGGAGAGAGUAUUACUUCCGUGUAUAUGCAAAAAAUGAUAUGGGGUUGUCUGAACCAUCUGAGUCUCCAACAUGGGGAGCUGUUAAAAAGAAAGGUAAAUUAAUAAUAAACCAAACAGAACGAAAGAACUUGAAUUUUCAAUCAGCCCCCAGAUUCACAGUGCCUUUGAAACUGCACAUAGCCCCGAAGGGCUAUGAGUGCUAUAUGAGUUGUGCUGUGAGUGGCAAUCCCACCCCUCACAUUACCUGGUAUCACAACAAUGUUAGCCUUAACACAAAUACCAAUUACCUCAUAUCCAACACAUGUGGGGUCUGCUCCAUGCUCAUCCUGAUGGUGGGUCCCAAAGACACAGGAGACUACAAAGUUGUGGCAGAGAACCCUCUCGGCCAGGCUGAGACUUCUACUAAGCUCACAGUCAGAGAAUGAAAUCAUCUGUUGCAACAUGGACAACAAAAGCUAGAGCACCUGGAUCAAAGCAAGCUGUACUCAAUAUUAGUGGUGGUAUAUUACACCUUCCUUUGGAGAAAAAUUAUUUUGAAAAAAUUCUAUGAGUCUGAAUAAAUUGAGUGCUAUAAGUACUGAAAUCAGGCAUGCUGUAGUGGAAUAUUCAACAAUACAAUAAACAUUCAGUCAAACUGAUAUUACCUAAAAUAAAGUAAUCUACUAAUUGUUAUUUGAAUGAUAUGUGGCAAUGUCUCUGUCAGACUUGAAGACUUGUUUUCUGGAAUGCCCAUGUCUUUUUGUUUUAUUAUGAAUAAUAAGCUGAAUAAAAAUACACUGCUGCCAAUAA